GGCCCUGUGCGUAACGUGUGUAGGCUAUGCAGACCCAGAACCGACAGCGUCCCGCUGAUCUCAUCGGUUAACGGACUAAAGAAAUGAUGAGGGCUUGAGAAAACACCGUAUCGUUACCAAAUACCGUGACGGAAGUGUAAUGCAACAGUGAAGAUAUCUGGUCGCUCUCGCCAUGCGGAUGGCGCGUUAGGUGAAACUGUAAGCUAAUGUAUGUCCGGUCAGCUGUUUUUAUUCACCGAGAGACAGCAGCAUCACCGGGACGUGUGCACGAGACCACAGACUAGCCUAUACCGGCGAUCCGGACCCCCACAAACGGGCAGGACUAACGGAGAGGAGGACGCGGAGAGAGAAAAUAAAAGAGUGUGAGAGAGAGAGAUGGAGUUUAAGCAGCUGGUGGAGGUGGCGGAGAAGUGGUGUUCAUCGGUUCCGUUCGAUCUGAUCUUCGCGGAGGAGGAUGACGAGAGAAGACUGGACUUCUACGCAGAACCGGGAAUCUCUUUCUACGUCCUUUGUCCGGAUAACAUGACGGGAGGGAUUGUGCAUUUCCAUGUAUGGAGUGAGAGUGAGGACUGCCUGCCAUUCCUCCAGGUAGCUCAGGACUACAUCACUUCCUGUGGAAAGAAAACACUUCUAGAGGUCCUGGACAAAGUGUUCACUUCCUUUAGACCUUUGCUGGGUCUACCGGACAUAGAUGAUGAGACGUUUGAGCAGUACCAUGCAGGCAUGGAGGAGGAACCAGAGGCAGACCACCAGCAAAUGGGAGUCAGCCAGCAGUGAUGCCCACAGAUGAGGUGUCCAGUAGGGCUACAAUAACUACCCAUUCCCCUGGUCUCAUUACCUACAACAAUACACAGGCCCAACGCCCCUGUAGCGACUAUAAACAGUCAUAAUGUAUACUCACACACACACACACACACAGGACAGCCUGCUUCUCAAAAGCUUUGCUCCCCAGAUUGUGCACUCCCUGACUCCCUCCCACACACACACACACACACACACACACACACACACACACACACACACUAGAGGUCGACCGAUUAAUCGGAAUGGCCGAUUAAUUAGGGCCGAUUUCAAGAUUUCAUAACAAUCGGAAAUCGGUAUUUAUGGGCGCCGAUUUGCCAAUUAAAACAAAUAUUUUAUUUAUUUAUUUAUAUAUACCUUUAUUUAACUAGGCAAGUAAGUUAAGAACACAUUCUUAUUUUCAAUGACGGCCUAGGAACGGUGGGUUAACUGCCUCGUUCAGGGGCACGACGACAGCUCGGGGGAUCCAAUCUUGCAACCUUACAGUUAACUAGUCCAAUGCAAUAACGACCUGCCUCUCUCUCGUUGCACUCCACAAGGAGACUGUUGUGUGAAUGCAGUAAGCCAAGGUAAGUUGCUAGCUAGCAUUAAACUUAUCUUAUAAAAAACAAUCAAUCAUAAUCACUAGUGAACUACACAUGGUUGAUGAUAUUACUAGAUAUUAUCUAGCAUGUCCUGCGUUGCAUAUAAUCAGACUGAGCAUACAAGCAUACAAGUAUCUAAGUAUUUGACUGAGCGGUGGUAGGCAGAAGCAGGCGCGUAAACAUGAAUUCAAACAGCACUUUAGUGCGUUUUUCCAGCAGCUCUUCGUUGUGCGUCAAGCAUUGCGCUGUUUAUGACUUCAAGCCUAUCAACUCCCAAGAUGAGGCUGGUGUAACCGAAGUGAAAUGGCUAGCUAGUUAGCGGGGUGCGCGCUAAUAGCGUUUCAAACGUCACUCGGUCUGAGCCUUCUAGUAGUUGUUCCCCUUGCUCUGCAUGGGUAACCCUGCAUCGAUGGUGGCUGUUGUCGUUGUGUUUCUGGUUCGAGCCCAGGGAGGAGGGAGGAAAGGGACGGAAGCUAUACUGUUGCACUGGCAAUACUAAAGUGCCUAUAAGAACAUCCAAUAGUCAAAGGUUAAUGAAAUACAAAUGGUAUAGAGGGAAAUAGUCCUAUAAUUCCUAUAAUAACUACAACCUAAAACUUCUUACCUGGGAAUAGUGAAGACUCAUGUUAAAAGGAACCACCAGCUUUCAUAUGUUCUCAUGUUCUGAGCAAGGAACUUAAACGUUAGCUUUCUUACAUAGCACAUAUUGCACUUUUACUUUCUUCUCCAACACUUUGUUUUUGCAUUAUUUAAACCAAAUUGAACAUGUUUCAUUAUUUACUUGUGGCUAAAUUGAUUUUAUUGGUGUAUUAUAUUAAUUUAAAAUAAGUGUUCAUUCAGUAUUGUUGUAAUUGUCAUUAUUAAAAAUACAUUUUUUUUUAAACGGCUGAUUAGUCAGUAUCGGCUUUUUUGGUCCACCAAUAAUCGGUAUCGGCGUUGAAAAAUCAUAAUCAGUCGACCUCUAACACACAAACACACACACACAGCCGUGCCCCAGCCAUGCCAUAGAACUAGAUUAUUAUGACCAAUCACAACAGACAGCAGUUAUACAUAUAGUAGACUACAACAUGACUAGAGUUACUAUUACUAACCACCUGCAGGCUGGUUCUAGCAUGGUAAAUACAUCACUCCCCAAGCCUUCUCAGCACCCCCCCCCCCCCCCCCCCCCAGCCAGGCCACCAGGACCUACAGAGAACUGUCAGUGUCAACCAUGUAACACCGUACUGUAACACCGUACCGUAACCAUCCACUGUACCACACAAUGUUAACCAGCGCAUUGCUAUGUCCUUGUAACAAUGUCAGCGGUGAAAGUAGAGGGAGGAAUAGAACAGAAUUAUAAUCCUACGGUAGAAACUGUUCCAUGUGUACUGCUGUGAGGUCGGCCAAAUGCUGCUCUAUCUAUAUGUGUGUGUGUGUGUGUGUGUGUGUGUGUGCACCACCAUCAGUGCACUGCUUUGCUUUUACUUUCCCCACGGCCCUGAAGUCGUAGGAUGAAGUUGUGAUCACAGGGGCAAGGUAAACUGAUCCUGGAUCUGUGUCUACAGGCAACGUCUGUCUACCUGCGGUCACCUUCUUCCACCACACUAAACCACACAUGUAUCUACAGAGCCUUCAGAAUGUACUCACACAGCCUUGACUUAUUCCACAUUUUGUUGUGUUACAGACUGAAUUUCACAAUGGGUUAAAUACACCAUCCAAAGUGUAAUGAAUAAUUUCACCAUGUUCAAAGGGAUACUCAUUGUCUGUCUAUUCACCCCAUCGACCAAUAGCUGCCCUUCUUUGUGAAACAUUGGAAAACCUGUCCAUGGUGUUUGUGGUCUAAUCUGUGUUUAAACCUCCCUGGUCUAAUCUGUGUUUAAACCUCCCUGGUCUAAUCUGUGUUUAAACCUCCCUGGUCUAAUCUGUGUUUAAACCUCCCUGGUCUAAUCUGUGUUUAAACCUCCCUGGUCUAAUCUGUGUUUAAACCUCCCUGGUCUAAUCUGUGUUUAAACGUCCCUGGUCUAAUCUGUGUUUAAACCUCCCUGGUCUAAUCUGUGUUUAAACCUCCCUGGUCUAAUCUGUGUUUAAACCUCCCUGGUCUAAUCUGUGUUUGAAAUUCACUGCUCGACUGAGGGACCUUACAGAUAACUAACUGUAUGUGUGGGGUACAGAGAUGAGGUAGUCAUUCAAAAAAUCACGUUAAACACUAUUAUUGCACACAGAAUUAGUUCCUUUUUUAAAAAAUUAAUUAGCAAAAAUGUCAAAAAAUAUUAUUCCACUUUAACAUUAUGGGGCGUUUGGUGAAGGUGACACAACAUCCUCAAUGUGAUCUAAAACUCUGGACCUUGAAGCCAGUCCCACUGCAUUGUUCAGUGUUUGUCUCUAAUCAGGGACUGGUUUAGACCUGGGACACCAGGUGGGUGAUUCCCCUCUAAUCAGGGACUGGUUUAGACCUGGGACACCAGGUGGGUGAUUCCCCUCUAAUCAGGGACUGGUUUAGACCUGGGACACCAGGUGGGUGAUUCCCCUCUAAUCAGGGACUGGUUUAGACCUGGGACACCAGGUGGGUGAUUCCCCUCUAAUCAGGGACUGGUUUAGACCUGGGACACCAGGUGGGUGAUUCCCCUCUAAUCAGGGACUGGUUUAGACCUGGGACACCAGGUGGGUGAUUCCCCUCUAAUCGGGGACUGGUUUAGACCUGGGACACCAGGUGGGUGAUUCCCCUCUAAUCAGGGACUGGUUUAGACCUGGGACACCAGGUGGGUGAUUCCCCUCUAAUCGGGGACUGGUUUAGACCUGGGACACCAGGUGGGUGAUUCCCCUCUAAUCGGGGACUGGUUUAGACCUGGGACACCAGGUGGGUGAUUCCCCUCUAAUCAGGGACUGGUUUAGACCUGGGACACCAGGUGGGUGUAAUUAAUUGUCUGUAGAACAGAAACCCAGCAGGCUUCGGACCUCGUAGUGUAAGAAUUGAAUAGCCCUGCUGUAACAACAAAAUGUGGAGUAUUUCAAGGGGCAUGGAUACAGUGCUUUCUACUCUAAAGGCACUGUAUCUCUGAACAUGGCAACUAUAAUACAUUUAACUUGCUCUCUGAAUAGUUUAAAAUCUUUACUUUGUCCUAUAAACAUGUCUCUUGAUUUGUAUUUAAAUGAUUUAAUACUUUCUUUGUUCAAGCUAAUCUAAUGUGUGUUUUCUGUUUGACCUCCAGUGUGUAUGAAGGAAUUCAAUAAAACUGUUGGAGGAAGCAA